GUAAUCGUGGAAAAGUUUCGUCAGCUGACCGAGCUCUCCGAUAAAUCCCCAAUUUUGAAGUUAACGUACGACCAGUUCACGGAGCUCGUUCGCGGUGUUCCCCGGAAUUACUCUGUAUUUUCGAUGUUGACUGCACUUUCCGACCAGCGGAAAUGUCACAGUUGUCACCCUAGUGGCGCUGACUUUCUAGAUAUAUCACGAAGCGGUUUUAGCGCAGAAACUCUUGCCCGCUGGAUAUUUUCUCGCUCCUCUGUGGAGAUUCCGAUUGUUCGUCAAACAAGUUACGCCGGAGGCAUCUUGUUAUUAAUAAUUACCGGUCUCGUUGGUACCAUGUUGUACCUCCGACCCGAUAAUGUGGAAUUUAUCAUCCAUCGUUCAACGAUAUCUUAUGCGUCUAUGGUUUUAAUCUUCUAUAUGAUUUCUGGCCAAGUUUGGAACAGCAUCCGACGUCCCCCGUUCUUCCACAGCCCGCCUCAAGGAGGCAUAGCAUUUUUAUAUCCAGGAGGUGACUUUCAGUUUAUUUCGGAAACGAUACUAGUCAUGAUUACAUAUGUUUUGGUUUCCAUAAGUAUAUUGAUGCUGGUCGAAGCCGGCCAGACAGAGGAUUUUGGAAAGAAGCGCUUGACCUUCACCAAAAGGAAUCUCGGUCAGGCCAGAAAGAAAUGA